UAUCUGCACCGGUCCUCCCCCAGAUCGACUCGGCCUUAAAUAAGUACCGAGUGCGGGUCGGGCGUGGCGCUAAGCCACUUUUGUCUUGUGUUUAUCGAGAUGUCUGUGCGUUUACCCACUAUUACAUCGCAUCACUGAUCGCACCAUCCUCCAGUCUCUCUCGGAGUAAGAUCCACGUGCGCCCGAUCUCACCAGCCUCGCUCCAUCCAGUCUCAACCACACACACACACGGAGGGCAAGGAGCCGCACCGCCACACGUGCGGAUGUGUCCUCGUACCCGAAGGAGAGACAAAGACAACGGACAGCGAUGACGGUGACGUACACGAACCGGGUCGCGAACGCGCGACUCUGUGGGUUCUCAAAGCUUCUGCUGCAGUGGCGCGGUAGCAUCUACAAGCUGCUGUACCGCGAGUUCUCCAUCUACUUCAUGAUGUACGCCGCGCUCAGCCUCACAUACAGGUUUGCUCUGAGCGAGGAUCAGAAGCGGCUGUUUGAGAAACUCUCUCUCUACUGCAACAACUACGCCAACCUCAUCCCCGUGUCGUUCGUGCUCGGUUUCUACGUGGCGCUCGUGGUGUCACGCUGGUGGAGCCAGUACACCAGCAUCCCCACGCCGGACCGGCUCAUGUGCGCCGUGGCGGGCACGGUGCACGGCGUGGACGAGCGCGGCCGCCUGCUGCGCCGCACGCUCAUGCGCUACGCUAACCUGUCGGCGCUGCUCAUCCUGCGCUCCGUCAGCACGGCCGUCUACAAGCGGUUCCCCACCAUGGACCACGUCGUUGAGGCCGGCUUCAUGACGCGGGAUGAGCGCAAGCGGUUCGACGGUCUGCGCUGCUCCUACAACAAGUACUGGGUGCCGUGCGUAUGGCUCUCCAGCCUGGCGGCGCAGGCACGGGCUGAGGGUCGGGUUCGCGAUGACGUCGCGCUCAAGCUGCUGCUCGAUGAGAUGAACGUGUACCGGGGGAACUGCGGAAUGCUGUUUCACUACGACUGGAUCAGCGUACCUCUCGUCUACACGCAGGUGGUCACGGUGGCAGUGUACAGCUUCUUCCUUGCCUGCCUCAUCGGCCGCCAGUUCCUGGACCCGGCGCAGGGCUACCCGGGCCACGACAUGGACCUCUACAUCCCCGUCUUCACCCUCCUGCAGUUCUUCUUCUACGCCGGCUGGCUCAAGGUGGCGGAGCAGCUCAUCAACCCCUUCGGCGAGGACGACGACGACUUUGAAACCAACUUCCUCAUCGACCGCAACCUCCAGGUGUCCAUGCUGGCCGUGGACGAGAUGUACCAGAACCUUCCACUGCUGCAGAGGGACAUGUACUGGAACGCGAGCGACCCGAGGCCUCCGUACACCGCCGCCACCAUGUCCACUCUGCACAAGCCUUCCUUCCUGGGCUCUGCGUUCGACAUGAGCAUGCACAAGGACGACAUGGAGUUUCAACCGAUGGAGCAGCUAUCCGAUCCAGGCAUGCCAGUGCCCCAGCUGCUGGAGCGGCUGCUCCACAGCCGCGGCUCCGCACCAUCGCCACCGCAGGCGCCGCUCUUCACCGUUGGCGCGCAGGGCGUGCAGGCGUCCAGGAUCACGCGCCGCAUGAACCUGGUGCGGCGCAUGGACAGCAUUGCCUCGUCCAGCUCAGGCAUCGACGAGGCCGGCGAGUAUGGGGCCCUCAAUUGCAACGGCUGCGGCUGCGGGGAAAAAGGGCCCAGGGACGGCACGCCGGUGCCCAGGGCCGACGCCGACGACGGAACCGAGCGGCCCGACUCCAUCGCGGUCGACACCGUCGUGCCGUGCCUGGAUACCGACGGACGGCGCGGAGCGCCGCGGUCGUCGCUGGCGCCGCCACCACCUUUGCCUCCGCUUCAGCCUCUGGAACAGCAGCAGCAGCAGCCGCAUGUGGAACACGAGGCGACGAAGUUGGAGAGCAGCACUAACAGCCAGAGCAGCGUUUCCACGGGGCACGGGAGCCAGAGGCCUCUGUUGAGUGCAGACUCUGACGAGGGUCCCGGCGUGGGGUUAGCAGCUCCCGCUACGUUGCCAUCGUCGUCUUGCUGUGGCGCUAGAUGCGAUGGUGUCGCCGAUACUGGGAGGGACGGGGAGGACUCUUCCGACCUCCUCCUCCCAUGGUCGGAAACGUCGACGAUGACCACGGUGUUUGAUGUCGGCAGUGGCGGCGUUGUCGGCGGUGGCCGCACUGGCAAUGAUGCCCCUUUGGAACUGCAGGCGUUGCUCGUGGUGACGGAGGAGGAGGCCGGGAGGCGGCGGAGCGUGGUGCCGAGUGGGCGGCUCGGAGGGGCGGAACGCGACGACGUGGGGAGAGCACCCGUGGCCUCGGCGAGCGGGAGCUGCAUCUUCAACAUUCCCGACGGCCUGUGAACACGGUUGCUCGGGGCUGACAGUAGCGUAGCAGUUAGCGUGCUGUGCUACGAACCCGGUGAUGCGAGUUCGAUUCCAGCUCACAGCCAACACCAGUGACGAUAUGAAGCGGUCCUGGGCCUCCCCUAGGUCGAUUAAUCCUCAAAUGAGUACCUGGUACGGUGUGUAAACAUCACCACUGGGGAGACAAAGGCGGUAAGGCAUGGUGCUGGUUACCCACCUCCUAGUGUACUGUGCUGACCUUCAUAAGUGCUCUCUAACAGCUCUUGCUCCUUUGUCUUUAGGUGCUCACAGCCACCAGUGUGGGCCCGAUUUACACCCAUAGCUGCCUGAAUUGUGUAAUAAAUAUAACACCCAUAGUUUAUUGUAAAUUAAUCUAAUAAACACAGCUGAUUGUAGGCAGUUAAACCAUCGGGGCGAUAGUAUAUGGAAUUGAUCAAUACCCAUAGCAGUCUGCAGACAACCACAGUCGCCUCUGAACAGUGUUCAGACGAGAGAUACUUUCCGUUCACUGACAAACACUACUUGAAACUACCUUGGCAGUAACUGACAUUUAUGGAUGAAAUUUCUAUGUCUAACCUGGUGAGACUGCAGUCAAAGCGUUCAACUUGGCAGUUCAAAUGCUUGCCGGGUUCAGUUCAGCCUAUCAUCAGUCAUUGUUAUGGAGACACUGGCUAAUAGGAAUGUGGAAUUUGCAUCGCUGGCUCAGGGAUGCCAACGGUUACGAGCACCACCACGGCGCUUGAGCACGGAGGACACUGGCUCGACACGUUCGGCACGGCCAGGGUGGAUCUUGAACGUUGGGGCUCCCUUCGCACAGAACGACAGCCACUUGUUUUUGUUUACCUUUUAAACAUAACGUCAAGAUUUCGUUGCAGGUAAGGGUGAUAAUCGUUGGGUCUUACUUUGUAUCCACAUUCGCUUUUAAGGAAACCACUAUGCAUGGAUGUUUGAGGCUUUGGGUGGCAUCGGGCAGCCCCUAGGUAGAUGUGCGCUCACCGAUUGACUGUUCCGACUGCUGAACCUUGCGCACGCGUGCCAUUAGAUUGACGCACAUUGCCGAAUGUUCUGGCAGAAAAUCUCACCGCACGAGAGAUAAGCAGUGUUACAUAGCAUGUUGAGCAAAUAUCUCCCCUAAAUAGCAUCGACGGUUUUCCUUUACAAUUUUUGUAACCGUUUAGCGAUGUUAUUCAAAAUGCUCGUUGCUUUUGGCCACGUGAAGACGCCAACUCGUAUUGGGGCCGGAACCAUGUGAGACGAGCAAUCACCGAUUGGUGGGACCCACACGGAAAACCAAAAGCAUAGGAGGAAUGGGGCCCUAAACAGUGAUCCGGGAUUGGGGCCCUGACAAAAACAAACCCAACGUUUUCUCCUCGGAGGUGUAAGUUGGACAUGUUAAAGGCAAAUCAAUACUGCACAGAGAAAAUAACGAGUAACAUCAACUGUUCCAAAAAAAGAGCCAGGAACACGAGAAAAAUGAAAAGGCACGAUUCUGGAAUGUUUGUGUUUAUUUGGUCAACUGCAUUGUAAAAAAAACGGAAUGAAAAAGCUCAAGGCAGUGGCGAUUAAGGGCAAUGCAUACAGAGCAGCACCAGGGAUACUGAUCACUCACCUGUCGACGGAGCUCGUUACCUUGUUGCUCCCCCUAGGCCGACGUGCGCAGGAAGAACAUCUCAAACGUAUUACUGGAUGGACAUCUCACUCAUCACUACACAGGACAUCCCACGGACACACAACAUCUCGCUCAUUACAGAACGGGGGAAACAUCUCACGCACACCAAUACGCGGGGGACAUCUCAUUGCAGGUAAUACCCUGGAGGGACAGACUGCCCACGAAGUGCACGGAUGGGGAAGCAUCUUGUUCCCGCUAUGUUUUAACGUUACACAAUUUUUAAAAUUAAAACACGCGUUUAAUUCAAUAACGGCAAUAAAACUACACUUUAUA